UCUAGAUUAACUUGAUACCUAUUUCAGUGCUUAUGAGUCAGCUAUAGUAUUUAAACGGCGGAUGUUAACCUAACUGCCAGUGGCCUGUCGGCUUUAAGAAGGGGUGGAGGUGUCUACGUUGUACGACAUGGGAUACCUAACUUUGGUGUUUUCUGCUUUCGCGCUGUUGCUGGUCGUCGCCUACACGGACGCAGACCGCCAGUGCCCCCCACCUUCCAAGGUGUACAGUCGCACCCCUAAAUGUAAGGACAACUACGACUGCAAAGGUGGCAAGCUUUGCUGCCUGAACCAGAGCAACGAGAAGUCCUGCUUCGAGCCCGUCAGCCAUGGCGGCGUUGGAAAAUACGGAUCGGGUAACAACGAAGGUGUUCGCUGUGAAGGCCUGAUUUGCCAAAAAGGGGAGGUCUGCGAGCUCGAUCCGAAAACCAAGAGGAAGAGAUGCGUCCGAAAAUAAGUUGCAGUACUAACAUUAAACUACUAACGCUAUAAGUACAGAGAUCGUAUCAUUCACGAAGACGCGUGCCUUGACUCUUAAUUUCAUGUCAUUAAUGGUUAGAUUUGACAAAUCUGCGCGUCAUCGUGGAUGACACGAACUAUAAAGAUACUUAUAAGUAAACGCUCUAGACGCUUUUGAAAUGUAGGUGUACAGAAGAAUACUGAAAAUCUCAUGGACGGAUAGAGUAUCCAAUGACAGCGUGCUGCAGAGAGUACAAAAGCGAAGAGAAAUUUAGACACUAUAAAACCCUGGAAACUGCAGUACAUUGGUUAUGUAUUGCGAAACGAUAGAUACCACCUGCUCCAGCUGAUAAUACAGGGGAAAAUGUUGGCAAGGAGACCAGGGUGCAUAGACAAGAUAAAGACCGUUAUCGCUCCAUGUCGAACGAAACGCAACUAUCUCUGACGCACUAACUAAUAUGGAAGAGUGAUAGAGAGAUAUUACUACGCUACGCAACAGAGCGUGAUAGCGUGAAGGAUUGGCAUCUUGUCUACGCACCCUGAGGGCCUAGCGCGAACAUCGUAAAUUUCGAGCUACUUACUUCCUUUUACUUCAAUUAUGACGUAUUAAGGGGCCCACUGAUUACCAGUUCGCCGGAUGAUAUCAGCCUGUCAGCGAUUUGCGAUUGUUAGCUUUUGGAGAGAUUUUUAAAGGGUCGGCAACGCGCAUGAAACAUCUCUGGAGUUGCAGGUGUCCAUAGGCUACGGUGACUGCUUGCCAUCAGGUGAGCCGUAUGCUUGUUUUCCACCGACGUGCUAUAAAAAUAGAGUGACAGGGAUAGUUGCUCGAAAUAUUAGAUUUUCCCGGUUAUGCCCUUAUGCCGAAUUGCUGCCGACGAACGGACGGAAACAAAUUUCAAAUCUCAGUAACGUUAUAGGUAUAAUAUUAUUACAUUAAGAAACAAGUGCGUAAAAUAGGAAAUUCGCAACGUAUGGGGAUAGACGGCCGAAGGGUCUGUUUUAAAUCAGCACGAGUUGCGAAUUAUCUAUUCCCAUUUAUUUACUUAUGAUUUUUUAAUUCGGUAUUCUCGCAUUCACGUUUUAUAAUUCUUUCAAUCUUAAUAAUGCCAAAUAUUAAUAAAGCAUUUAUAUUUUU